GGGAAGUUGGGGAACGAAGCCAAACACUGUGGCUUCUCGUAAAAGGUGAAUCGGCAUCCUACUGUUCUGUGAAGUCUCUUACUUCAACCAACAACUAUGUCAUCUGAUAGUGAUGUUUCUCUUUCGACUUAUGAUGAGACUUCGGGAUCAAAACUUGCCAGAAAAGCUAAGGAGGCACCAUUUGUCCCAAUUGGAAUAGCAGGUUUUGCAGCUAUUGUUGCAUAUGGAUUAUACAGAUUGAAGAACAGAGGGAAUACUAAAAUGUCUGUCCACCUGAUUCACAUGCGUGUGGGAGCUCAAGGAUUUGUAGUAGGAGCAAUGACUGUUGGUAUGUUGUAUUCCAUGUUUCGGGAAUACUGGGCCAAACCCAAACCGUAGGAAGAAAGAUGCUGUCUUCAUGCUGAUGAUGUUUUAUAGAGCUGGAUACCUCACAUUGAGGUUAUUUAUGUUUAAAAAUCAUUUAGGGGUAUGUGGUUCUAAAAAGCAGCACAUGUCAGAUACAAUCAUGAUGUUUUAAAAAUUGGAUUUUUUUUCAUGGAGAUUUUACUGUUUCCCAAGUAAUGCAAAGCAUUAUAUCCAAGAGUUUAUUAGGAGAGCUAAGUUAGUGCAAAAUGAACUAGUCAUUGAAAUUUCCUUGGAUGAUAUAUUACAUUCAAGUUCCCCAAAUCUUAAAAAAUUAAUGUCUAAAAAAAUUAAAACUCCAAGAUUCAAGUAGCUCCUAUUGCUUUAAGAUGUGGCAUAUUUUGGGAUGUAAUAUGGGAACUUCUUUAGCAUAUUCAGUCAGCACUUUCUUAUGUAGGUUGGUGGAAACACCAUUGUCUAGGGCUGGUUGGCUUUAACCAAGGGCCAAGAGAGCAUCUGUUAGAAGAACACGAAACAAAAUAUUCUAGGAAGAAUUUUCCUCCCCACUGCCUACAGACAAACCUGUUUGUAUUUAAGGUGAGCCUUGAAAAGUCAUUUGUUAACCAGGCUACUUAACACAGUGGUAUUUUAUUAUAAUGUUAAUAAAACAAGAGAGUAACAUAACCAAAUAUUUUUGCUGCUGUUACAUUGAAAUUGUUCUUUAAAUACCAUCUGUUUUAUAUGUAUUUGAAGUGCUUGUUUAGCAGUAAAGAUAGAGAACUUUAAAAAUGCAUACUGUAUUUGUGUUUUCACUGUGAGAGUUGCAAUUGAAAAAUAUAUUAAUUCCCUUUAGAGUUAAUUAUUUAUCACAUUAUGAGGAGAUUAACGUUUGAGCUUUGUUAACACCUGUGGGAGUUCUGUGUUUAAGAUGAAUAUACAUUCCAUGGUAAUAACAUGGUACGGAUAUCAUUAAACAAAAUGAACAUA